AUGCUGAAUUACUACGGUGCAGAUUCCUCUGGGUCAUUGGAUACAGUAGCCUCAACAAUUGGCAGCUCUUCUACGGUUGGGCAAACAAAAGGCAACUAUAAGGCUUCAUUGUUUCCUUCAACCAAUACUAGCUUUCACAAUGAUUUUAUGACCGGAGUCGGCCAACAACAACAACCGCAGACCUCGCCUCUUAAUAACAGUGGAAUGACAUUUAUGGGAGACAACACCCCAUACAGACAGUCUCUGAAUCCUGGAGUUAGUAAGUUUGGCAACAAUUACACUUACAUGUCGGUGUAUCAAGAGCCCUUUAACUCAAAUAGCAACGACAAUGGCCACAAGAAGCGUGAAGAUUCCGCUCAACUUCUAGCUCUAGAGCUGCAAUACAAAAACUCCCAGAUUGAAGCUUUAGAGAAAGAGGUUGAGCAAUUGAACCAAGAGAAGCUAGAAAUGGAGAGCCAAGGAAAAAACGAUGCAAUGUCCGGAUCGUCGCACAUUGGUAACUACGAGCAAUUGUACACAGAAAUGUCUACUAAACUGAACGAUGUACAAUCUGAGCUUGAAGACACCAAAGAACGAUUAGAGUGCGUUUUAACCGCAAUUGCGAUGAAUCCAGUACAAGGACAAUAUCAAGCAAUUACGAAAGAUGGACGGUACGAUGAGCAGGAGAUCGCUCACAAGGUGUUGACUAAACUACGUUCGUUGACUAAAGAAAAUGAAGAAAUGGCAAAAAUGCUGAGUUACGGACGGUCUAAACAGAAAGACAUUGAGAUCGGUCUUCUGAAGGAGGAGGUGAGAAGUUUGAAGGAGAAACUCAAAGUACAGGAGCAGUGA